CCGGGCCGGCCCGGCUGCGCGUCCAUCGAGCCAGAGAUCCGUGAGUAGAGCGGGAAGAAGGGACCAGAGACACGUCCACAGAAAGCCACUUCAGACUCGUGGGUCCUGCCAGAAGCCCCGGAUCGGCAGAACGUAAAAUGGCCCCCCCCAGCCUCCUGCUUUGCUUGCUCUCCGCAACCGUUUUCUCUCUGCUGGGGGGAAGUUCGGCGUUCCUGUCCCACCACCGCCUGAAAGGCAGGUUUCAGAGGGACCGCAGAAACAUCCGCCCCAACAUCAUCCUGGUGCUGACGGAUGACCAGGACGUGGAGCUCGGUUCCAUGCAGGUGAUGAACAAGACGCGGCGCAUCAUGGAGCAGGGCGGGGCGCACUUCAUCAACGCCUUCGUGACCACGCCCAUGUGCUGCCCCUCGCGCUCCUCCAUCCUCACCGGGAAGUACGUCCACAACCACAACACCUACACCAACAACGAGAACUGCUCCUCGCCUUCCUGGCAGGCACAGCACGAGAGCCGCACCUUCGCCGUCUACCUCAACAGCACGGGGUACCGGACAGCUUUCUUCGGGAAGUAUCUUAAUGAAUACAAUGGCUCCUAUGUGCCGCCUGGCUGGAAGGAGUGGGUCGGCCUCCUUAAAAAUUCCCGUUUUUAUAACUACACGCUCUGUCGGAACGGGGUGAAGGAGAAGCACGGCUUUGACUACUCCAAGGACUACCUGACAGACCUCAUCACCAAUGACAGCGUGAGCUUCUUCCGCACGUCCAAGAAGAUGUACCCACACCGGCCCGUCCUGAUGGUCAUCAGCCACGCGGCCCCCCACGGCCCCGAGGACUCCGCCCCCCAAUACUCACGCCUCUUCCCCAAUGCGUCCCAGCACAUCACGCCGAGCUACAACUACGCGCCCAACCCCGACAAGCACUGGAUCAUGCGCUACACGGGGCCCAUGAAGCCCAUCCACAUGGAGUUCACCAACAUGCUGCAGCGGAAGCGUCUGCAGACCCUCAUGUCCGUGGACGACUCCAUGGAGACGCUCUACAACAUGCUGGUUGAGACCGGCGAGCUGGACAACACCUACAUCGUGUACACGGCCGACCACGGCUACCACAUCGGCCAGUUCGGCCUGGUGAAGGGCAAGUCCAUGCCCUACGAGUUUGACAUCAGGGUCCCGUUCUACGUGAGGGGCCCCAACGUGGAGGCCGGCUCGCUGAAUCCCCACAUCGUCCUCAACAUCGACCUGGCCCCCACCAUCCUGGACAUUGCCGGUCUGGACAUCCCCUCGGAUAUGGAUGGGAAGUCCAUCCUCAAGCUGCUGGAUACGGAACGGCCAGUGAAUCGGUUUCACCUGAAAAAGAAGAUGAGGGUCUGGCGGGACUCCUUCCUGGUGGAGAGAGGCAAACUGCUCCACAAGAGGGACAAUGACAAGGUGGACGCUCAGGAGGAGAACUUCCUGCCCAAAUACCAGCGCGUGAAAGACUUGUGUCAGCGCGCGGAGUACCAGACGGCGUGCGAGCAGCUGGGACAGAAGUGGCAGUGCGUGGAGGACGCGUCGGGGAAGCUGAAGCUGCACAAGUGCAAGGGCCCCGCCCGCCUCGGGGGCAGGGCGCUCUCCAACCUGGUGCCCAAGUACCGCGCGCCGGGCGGCGGCGACACGUGUGCCUGCGACGGCGGCUACAAGCUCAGCCUGGCCGGCCGCCGGAAGAAGUUCCUCAAGAAGAAGUACAAGACCAGCUAUGCCCGGAACCGCUCCAUCCGCUCGGUGGCCAUCGAGAUGGUUGGCGGGGUUCACCGCACAGGCCUGGACGACACAUCCCAGCCCCACAACCUUACCAAGCGGCACUGGCCAGGGGCCCCUGAGGACCCAGACGACAAGGACGGCGGAGACUUCAGUGGCACCGGGGGCCUUCCAGACUACUCAGCCCCCAACCCCAUUAAAGUGACACACCGCAGGUGCUACAUCCUCGAGAACGACACAGUCCAGUGUGACCUGGAUCUGUACAAGUCCCUGCAGGCCUGGAAAGAUCACAAGCUGCACAUCGACCACGAGAUCGAAACCCUGCAGAACAAAAUUAAGAACCUGCGGGAAGUCCGGGGUCACCUGAAGAAAAAGCGGCCCGAGGAAUGUGACUGUCACAAAAUCAGUUACCACCCCCAGCACAAAGGCCGCCUCAAGCACAAAGGCUCCAGUCUGCAUCCUUUCAGGAAGGGCCUGCAGGAGAAGGACAAGGUAUGGCUGCUGCGAGAGCAGAAGCGCAAGAAGAAACUUCGCAAGCUGCUCAAGCGCCUGCAGAACAACGACACGUGCAGCAUGCCGGGCCUCACGUGCUUCACCCAGGACAACCAGCACUGGCAGACGGCGCCGCUCUGGACACUGGGGCCAUUCUGCGCCUGCACCAGCGCCAACAACAACACCUACUGGUGCAUGAGGACCAUCAACGAGACCCACAACUUCCUCUUCUGCGAAUUCGCCACGGGCUUCCUCGAGUACUUUGAUCUCAACACAGAUCCCUACCAGUUGAUGAAUGCGGUGAAUACACUGGACCGGGACGUCCUCAACCAGCUCCAUGUGCAGCUCAUGGAGCUGAGGAGCUGCAAGGGUUACAAGCAGUGCAACCCCCGGACUCGGAACAUGGACCUGGGACUUAAAGAUGGAGGAAGCUAUGAGCAAUACAGGCAGUUUCAGCGUCGAAAGUGGCCAGAGAUGAAGAGACCUUCUUCCAAAUCGCUGGGACAGCUGUGGGAAGGCUGGGAAGGUUAGAAGCAGCCAGCGGGCCUCCAGACCAGAGGCGCCAUCUGACCGAACCGACCCAUUUCAGGCGGGUCUGUGCUCCUGGCCAGGGGGGGCCUGAGUCACGGGACCUGCUUUCCGUCAGCAUGGCACGCUCUGGAAGACAGCCAUCGGGAGCCGUGAAUUUUCAGGAAGUCCACUUUUGCCCCUGCUUUUGCUUUGGAUUAUACCUCACCAGCUGCACAAAAGGCAUUUUCGGAUCCAACGGUCACCACUAACCCUCUCUGAGAGGCUUCCAAAGGAAAAAGAUUUUCUUCGGAAAUUUCCCCCAACGGUGUUAAGUCACUGGAACUUUUUUUAAAAUCCUAGGGGAAGAACAACCCUGUUUUAAAUCCUCUUGUUCUUUUGGUUCAUCACAAAGAAGGACCUAAGGCUGCAGCAGGACAGACGCAACUUGCGGACGUUUGGAAACGGUGCCGAGUUCGACAAGGAGUCAGCAGCACAGAAGAGGGGACUUUCAUCGAGCACCAUAAUGCAGGCUGUCUCUGAAGAAACGGACUUCACUGUACAUAGGAGACUAUUUACGUGUAACCAGCGUGGGGACUCGCAGGGGAAUCUAGUAAGAAAACCCAAUUUUCGAGAGUGGUGGUGUCAAUAAAUGGUCUGUGGCCAGUGUAAAGAAAACCCCUUGCAGUUGUGGACAUUUCUAUUCCUGACCAGAUACCAUUUCUGCCAGUAUUGCUUUGUUAACUGUCCCAGAAUUCACGUUUUUUAAAGUACUGGAAAGAAACGAAGUUGAUGUAUGUUAUGUCCCAGGUUUUAACAAAAUUGUAUUUGUAAAGAAAUUUUGUAGUCUAAGUAUUGUCAUACAGUGUUCAAAGUCCCAACCAACGACCAGCAGUUCGUAUGAGGUAACCUUUAACAUUUUGUAAAAGGCCGUUCUUGGGAGUUUUUUGGUGUGCUUGGUUUUUUUAAAAAAGCAGUCAACACCUUUUUGGAAGGAGACACUUAGGUUUUUCCAAGGAGGUACAGAUGGGUAAAAAUUAAUGACAAAAACUUACCAUACUCCAGGAACCUUGCAGGUAAGUCUCACAUUACACCCGCUUCAGGACCUCACUUUUUUUAAAAUGUUCAUUGACUGCAAAGCAAUUCACCGUAUUAGCUAACCCCUCUCUGUGCACCAGCUUGUCCAGCCCGGCAAAGAUAGAUAGAUAGCGGUCAGAGGCCAGGAGCAAGAAAGAGGAGGACCCUCCCUCCUCGGCCAUCACCCAGCCUGAUGUGCUUCUCACCAAACAGACAGUGAAGAGGACCCCAAAGUGCUCACCUUUGAGAACAGCUCUGUGCUUUUCAAGCGUGCUGUUAACCUUAGAGAGAUUGCUAGAAUAAUUUGAAACAGGAUUCCUUAAUCCAAUCGGGAUUUAAAAAAAAGAAAAGAAAAGAGAAAGAAGCUCUUAGGCUUCAAUUUUAAAUAGAAACCUUUAUUUACAAUGACAUCCAAAAUGAUCAGCAAAGCAGUCG